ACUGCUAAUAAACCUUUUCUGAUGCGAUCGUCCUUGCAGUCCUGGUGGAAACAGCGUUAAACCACAUAAAUACACCGCAACUAGCAAUUAGCAGCUAUCAAAAAGCGAUGUUGUCAGGUACUACUAGUCUAAAAGUAGAUUCUCAUGUUUUAACUCUUCGAUAUGAUUUCUAAUUCAAUUACUUAAAAGUGUUCCUGCGUCAUUUAUAAGGUGUAACAGUAUUUUCCAGACGGCAAAGUCUGUCACGUGGUAAGCGUUACUUAACUAGAGAUGGGCUAACCGCAGUCGUUUAUGAUUAAAGUAAAACGUACUUUAUUUGAUAAUUUUACAAAGAAAAUAUUGCAUCGAAAUUGUAUCCAUAUAUCAGCUGCAAGUAGUUUCAGUUUCUAUGUUUAAAAUGUUUAAUUUUUAAUUCAAAGGCUGUUUGCACUAAAGCAAAACUCUUGCUCAGAUUUCCCCGUGUUUUAAUGGAAAAUUGCGGGUUUAUGGCCUUUGUGCGCCCUCUACAGGUAAAGACUCCAUGAAGCAGACUGCAGUGAUUAGUUAGUAACGGGUGCCGCCCAAUGGUAAAACUCGACAGCUGCUUCAGUUCCGCCUGAACAACAUGUGCCUGUGUUCUAAAGAUUGCAUUUAAUCUAUAGCUAAAAUAAUAAUAUAUAGAUCAUAAUAAUAUAUAGAUCAGGGUGUGAUUAUCAGGGUCUUCAGAAAAGAACCAUUUAGAGCUGAUAUGGAUCACGCCGAGUAAACAUUGGACUAAACAAGAGAAAACUAUGGCUUCGGCACAACCUUCAAACUUCUCCUGGGUGGAUCCUGGUAAGGUUGCAGGCCUGGCAAUGCCUCGAAUGACGGCUCACUAUCAGUAUCUGCUGAACAACGGCAUUAAACAUCUGGUGACCCUGAGCGAGCGCAAACCUCCUUACCAUGACACCUGUCCUGACCUGACCCUUCAUCACAUCAGGAUUCACGACUUCUGCGCGCCAACGUUUGAUCAGAUCAACAGAUUCCUGUCCAUAGUGGAGGAGGCCAAUGCUAGAGGACAGGCUGUUGCGGUGCACUGUUUGCUUGGUUUUGGGCGAACAGGGACGAUGCUCGCCUGUUACCUGGUGAAGAGCAGGAAAAUCACCGGAAUCGAUGCGAUUAAUGAGAUAAGAAGCAUACGCCGAGGGUCCAUUGAAACCAGAGAGCAGGAACAAAUGGUGGUGCAGUUUUAUCAACAAAAUAAGGUGUAAAAUAAGAAGCAUUUGUUUUUAUGAUGCAGAUGUUUAUGACUAAUGUUACAUCAAACAAUAAAGAAUAAUUUAUUUCCAGUGUA